UCGCGGAACCAAUGGGAGCGUCCGGACGCGCCCGGGGUCUCGUUUCAGAACAGGGCGCUCCCUUUGAAGACAGAAACUGACACGGUCGAGUCAUGGUGGGACCGGGCCCCGCUGCCAGCGCAGCCGCGGAAGAGCGAUGGAGAAAGCUCCAGGAGUACCUGGCAGCCAAGGGAAAGCUAAAGGACCCGAACACCAAGCCUUAUCUAAAAGCCAAGUAUAACUGCCCCAAACCACCAUCUUCCAAAUAUACUCCUGGGCCCAAAAAAGAUGUUUCCAGUCAUGUUGUUUUGCCUAUCAAAACUACAAGGCCCAUCAAUGUUAAACUCCAGAGUAAACCAGCUAAUAUCACAGCAUCCCAGAAACCAGAGCUGGAGCCACCAAAACUUCAAGGCAAAGGGCUCACUUCAAGAUGUUUUUCUUCUAACUCAGACUGUAAACAGUCCAGCAAGAGUCUGCAGCAGUACAGAGCUGCGUCAUCCACUACAGGACUGUCAAGAAAACCCAGGCAGUCCCCUGGUACACAGAAAUUGGAUUCCAAAAAGCAGCAGCAAACACAUCAAGGAAAUGCUGAGCGCACCAAUCCUGUGGCUGGGACCCAUGUCGGAAACCAAUCUUUGAAGGGCUUUCUACACGAGGUCAACAAAGAGAACUUGCCCCAAACCUUGCUAGAACCUGGGAAGCCGGUUCCUGACUUAUGCCCCAUAAGUAAGCCAAACACUGGCUCCUAUAACCAAACCCAGAAAAGUCUGGCUCCUAAACAAAUCUUGAGCAAAAGUUCAGUUAACCGUACUGUUCUGAAAGACAGAGCUAACAAACAGUUUGUUAGAAACACACAAGUCAGCACUCAACCAGUGAAGUCGCAGCACCUCUCUACAGACACAGAUUCAGCACGACCCAGAGAAAAACCCCCGCAAAGAGUUCCCUCUCACUUCAUUCCUGCCCAUAGUAAGACUCAGACAUCAAAGAAACCAGUGGUCAAUGACACACAGGACAUAAAGGUUGACAGGAUUAAAUGUGGAAGACCAAAUGAAACUACGAUACAGUCACACCCUGCCACUGAACAGAAAGUAAAACAUACUAAAUCUGGCUCCCACCCCAGCUGUUGUCAGGGAGGACAGAGCAACAGAAAUCCAGCCUUCAAGCAGGAUCAAAAGACUGUGCAGCCCUGUCUUGGACCCCGGACAUCACACAUUCUGCACAAUUCAAGAGCUGUAAGCCAGAGGCCUAACUUGACAGCUGGCAAGGUUAUUCUAAGCACCCCUAGCAUAAGAGCAAGUAAAACCCAGAACAAUAAAAGCAGUAACAUCUUCCAACAAAAAGCACAGACUCUGGACUUCAAGUUCAAAAAGCUUCUUCCCCAGAGCCAGUUUCUGAACAAGACUGCUCCCAAAACUCAAGCUGGCACAGCAACCAUGAGAAGGAAAGGAGCCCCAAGUGCUAGCCAGACUCAUCCACGUGUUAAAAAGACAGACGUAGAGGAUCGGAGGAAACAACUGGAAGAAUGGCAGAAAUCUAAAGGGAAAACCUAUAAGCGUCCUCCCAUGAAAUUGAAAGCGAAAAGAAAAAUCAUAGAGGAAAUGAACAUUUCAUUCUGGAAGAGCAUUGAGAGAGAAGAGGAAGAACAGGAAGAGAAGAAAGCUCAGCUAGAGCUGUCCAGUAAAAUCAACAACACUCUGACCGAGUGUCUGAGGCUCAUUGAAGAGGGUGUAUUUCCUAAUGAAAUAUUUAAUAUCCUGUCCAGCAUUCCGGAGGCUGAAAAAUUUUCCAAGUUCUGGGUCUGCAAAGCAAAGUUACUGGCAAGUAAAGGCACCUUUGAUGCUAUUGGACUUUAUGAAGAGGCCAUUAAAAAUGGGGCAGCACCAACACAAGAACUGCUGGAGGCUCUGAACAUUCCGCAAGAUCCAAGCAGAAGCUCAGAGGCUGUCACCUCAGACUCAUCAGCUACUGGAACUGAUGUCACAUCUGUGGAAGAGCUGGCCAAGAAGGAGGACUCUGGGCAGCCAUGCCUUCCUCCAACAGAAAGGGAACAGAUUAUAGCAGUACCACAGAUAACUGCAGCAGAAUGGGAUAACCCUGGUAUCAAACUACAGAUCGCCCCAGUCCCGAGAAUAUGUGGUGUGCCGGAAGUGCAAGACAUGAAGCUUAUCACUCCUGUGAGGCGCUCAGCAAGGAUCGAGCGAGCAGUGGCCCGAUACCCAGAAAUGCUGCAGGAGCAUGACGUUGUCGUGGCUUCUCUUAACGAGCUACUGGAAGUGGACAAAACAGAGUAUUUUGUCUUCCGGGAAAAUGAAGCUUUACCUGUGACACUAGGCUUUGAAACCCUUGAAUCAUGAUCUUUUGAUUUUUUUAAUGUUUUUAAAUGAAAGUUUCUUCAGGGCUUGCAAGAGAUAAGAAAUGCCCUUAUCAAGAUGGCCUGAAAUAAAUGUACACUGAGACACCAUGAUACAGAAGAGAGACUCUUACAUCUGAGGAAGGAAUGCAUGGGGUUUACUCUCAGACUGUAUAUCCCACAAGAAAACCUUUGGUUCGUGUGUUUUGUUCUAUACUCUGUGAUAGUUUUACAGCAAAUAAAAGUUUCAGAGUGAAGAACAAUCCAGAAUUGACAUGGCCACCCAGGUUUUUAUUGUGUACAACCCUCAUUUGUACUUGUUCAGAAAUGCUUCAAAUAAAAACAAAAGUUGUGGGGAAAGCACUCCCUGCAUCCAUUGGUCUCUCUUUCAUGGGGCUCUAGCCUGAAGAAGAUGUGAGCCCGGGAGACAAUGGCAGGGCUUCUUCUUUUCCUUGGGCAACUGUGCUUAGAGCAGAAAACCAGAGUUGUUUUGUAAAUGUAAUGUAUAGAAAACCUAGUCAGCACAUUUUAAAUUUCAGCUUUGUUACUAUUAUUACUAAAUAUUAUUGAAAAUAAAAACCCUCUAAAUA